AUGAACCGAUUUCCAUUUGUUCGCCUAACUGAGGGGGACUCGAUAUCAUCCCGCAAAAGCGAAUCCUCACAUCCCCAAGACUCUACAAUGGUAAAUAAUAACGACAACCAAGGCGUGACCAAUUACGGCGCUAGUGAUCGCCUCACAGAUGCCAAUGGCGAGUCCGAUAGCGCAGCCUCUGGGUCGGCGUUACCUCCCGUCAUCACGGCGGGUUCUCGUUACCGCGGCCACAAGGAAGUUGACAUUAAUAAGUGGGACGAGGAGGCCUCUCAACACCUUCUAACCAUGCGACGACCACCUGGUGAUCUCUGUGACUGCUUGAGCCCCUGGAGGAGGCUCUUUCAUCUUCGUUACCCUCCACCUCCACAAAAGAUGGCUACAAAUGUUGAAAACGGUUUCCCCUUACCUUUUGGUGUCGUCUGGUUCGUGCGCGACUGUGCUGGAUGUGUGUGCAUGGUCUUUACGUGGCUCCUCAUUGCCUACGGCGAAUUCGUUGUUGCCUGCAUUAUUUUGCCGCAACUUCCCUCCGCUGUAAUUGCCUGGACCUUCGGCCUUGUCUAUCACAUAUUCGCCCUCCUUGCUGUCGUCUCACAUCUUAAAGCAGUUUUUACCGAUCCGGUAAGCCUAGACUCAUUGCUUUUUAACAUCUUACGGGGAGACUUUAGGUAG